GGGAGGGAGGGAGAUUUUAUAUUAGUCUUCCAACUCUUUAAGUGAUUUGGGUUCAAUUGCUCUAGUUAGAGGCUGAGAAUGUUCUGUCAUCUUUAUCAUCUUUUUGGGUGCAACUUCAGUUAUACCCAUAUACGUUCAAAUCAAAACCCCAAAAAAAGGCUUCACAGGAGCGCAAAUUAGGAAACUAUUAUGCAAUGUCCAGACUUAAAUCUGGUGAUUUUUGGUUGAUUUGAUAAUUUGGUAAUUACCUGUCCCUGAUUAACAAUUAUGCAAUAAUGAUUAGUAACAAGUUAGAUGGUAAAUAUAACAAAAGCACAAGUUACCAACUCCUCAAACGAUUUGGGGAACUAACUCCAAGUUGCAGAGAUUUUGGGGACUAUUUUCAAAUAUGAAAGAUUUGGGGACUAAUUUUAAAUAUGAAAGAUUUGACUCCGCCAAUGGCUUUAUACAUUAUGAAGUUGACAAAAUUGUUUUAACUAAAUAAAUAAGGUUUGAAAAUCAAGGAAGGAUGCCAUGGAAAAUUAAAGAUUUUGACUUUUGGAAAGUAGUUUUAGUUUUCUUGAUAAGCUUUGUUAACCUUAAAGUUAGUAGUGAGAAGAGGGAUUACAUUUUUUGAAUUAUUAGACUUGAUAGUAUUAGUUGGCUUGCCAUGCGACAUUGGAACUGAUACCAAUUUUAUAUUUUAAUCUGAAACUAUUGUGUAUUAUUUUUAUGAGGAAUAAUGUUAUGAAAAAUAUUAUAGAAAGUAUUUUAGAGUCCAAUUGGUCUAUUUCGACCACUGUAGCUAUGUAUGGUAUAAUACCUUAGUCUUUAGGCAUUGUUACUAGAAUAUUAUAAAACAUAUCCAGGCAAGUUCUCUAGCCUCAACAAAGAAUAUCUCUUCGGGAGAAUUCUAAAUUAUCAUAUGUCUUCCAACUUGAGAAAUGUGAACCCGAUAAGACUAUAAGUCCAAACCCAUGCACUUGCCAUAAAUACUUUUACUAUCGCCUAAAUAAGCAAGUGAUGCAGAAAUCACUGCCUUUUCAUGUAAGAUUAACAAUCACUGUGAUCUUAAAGGAUAUAACAUUUAAAAUUAGUGUUGGAUAGAAGGGGAAAUCGUCAACAAAUUAUAAUGAUUAAACUGAAUAGAUCAAGCAUUUGUGUUCAAAAGAAUCUCCUAUGUUUAUAUAUGCUACAGGUUGAUGGUCAGAAGAAAUCUCAACAAGGAUUCCAUAGUAAGUUCCAGAAUGACAAAUGGUUGAAUUAUGCGACAUAAAGGUAUUUGGCUAAAUUCUGGUCAAGGCGAAGGUAUCAAAGAUCUCAAAGAGAGCUUGCUUUACUUUGAUAAGGUCAUGGUUGCUGCUAAUUUAUUGAGUUUUUAUCCUUUGUUUACUUGCUUUUAAUAGCAUUUUCGGUAAUAGGAAAUCUAUAAGUCUUGGCAGUUUCAAGGUAAAAUGCGUAAGGUUACCUCAAACUUUCUGUUGUCUGCGAGUAUUUUAGUAUGUCUUUUUUUACCAUUUAUUUCCUAAAUUUAUUUUUGAAGAACAGUACUUUUUUGGCAUGCGGUGUUGAUGGCUUCUAGAGAAUUGUCCAUUUUACCCUUAGCAAUAUUUCUAGGGGGUAUGUUUCUCCGAACUUUUCAAAGGUAUAAAUAUCUCAUUUUGGAAUGGGAAAGAAUUAGGGUUUUCUCUUAAGGGUAUCUCUCCGCCGACCUGAAAGCUUGAGAUCAAAUACAGAAAAGGAGCAAAUAGAAGGAAGAUUCCACUUUUAAAGUGUGAAUGCUAGGUAAUCUCUUGCCCAAAAGAGGAUUUUUUCCCCAAAUAAUUUUGCAUAGAUCUGCUUAACAAGGUAAGAUUUUUGAUAUUUACUUUAAAGUUUUUGUGUUUAGAGGAUGUAUCUUUGUAUUGAUUAUUGUAUAUCUUUUUAGAAAAAUAUAUUUUUUCAUGCAGAUGAAGAAGUCCUUCCCAUUCCUUGGAAAUAUAUUGUAAUUUAUAGGGUCACCAUCUAAUUGAAGAAAUUUUAAAUAAAUUAAUCCUUCCCUUUCUUUGGAGAUAUAUUGCAAUUUUUAUAGUCACAAUCUAAAUGAAGACCUUAAAAGAAAAUACAGUCAAAUUUAAGGUUAAUUUAGAGGAACCUUUUUCUGCAAAUAGAAAAGUCAAAAUAUUAGAAAUUUAAGGUCUUUGUAACUGAAUAUUGGGGUAUUAAACUCCUUGUAAGGGAGUAUGAGGGUUCUCUAAGCAUCCUCUUGUAAUGAAUUGGCUUCUGAGAAUAACUGAGGCCAACUAUAAACGUUUAAAGUAUUAACUUGAUGAACCUUUGUACUAGAUCAGAUUAAUCUAGAAUUAGCAGACACAUGCAUCUUGAAAUUUAAUACAUUGCCAGUUCAUUAUCAUAAUUGUUCUAUGUGGUGUUCUAUUGCUCUAGAUAUAUUCUGGUUUGUUGUAUUUUUCUCUUGUUGGGGUAGCUUAACUAAGUUGUGGGUAUUACUCUUGACUGGAUUUUAUAUUUUUGUUGCGGUGCUCUUGUUUUCCUUUUCCCUUUCUGUAAAUGAUAGAACCGCACAAAAAUUAUUAACCAAUGAUGAGAAGAUCAUGUUUACGCUGUCAUUUGGCAUUAAAGCAAUACUUAAAGUAUCUUUUUUCCAAUUGUUUUUAAUAUUUUGAUUUAAUAUUUCAUUUUCUUUAAAAUCUUGUUUACAAUCCUAUUAAGAACCUUCCUAUUCAGUGCUGUAUUUGAUGUAUUGUUGAAGUUUAUGAAAUCAAUGCAUUGAAGGUGUUCAGAUGUACUUGUGAAGCCUUGUAUUUUUUCCCCCUUCGAGAUAGGGAGCCUAUACUCUUAGAAAUGUUGUGUUUUCAGUUUUCUUCACAUGUCGACAAUUUUUGAUAAGGAUCCUUGCAACACUGUUGCAACACCGAUAAGUUAUGAUACAUAAUUUAUUCAAAGGAGAAAGCAAAUGAAAGAGGGGAAAAAAAUAGCUGCUUAAGCAGGAAGCUUUUAUGAUUACUUUCUAUUCGUUCUCCCUUUUUUCAAUCAUUGUCACAAGCUUCCGUUUGUUUUGUGGACCAUAAAUAUUAAUUCUAUGGGUUUAUUUGUAGAGUGGAGGCUGGUGUGUUGUUGACGUGAUGCAACAGCCUCCAUCUACUCCUAUUUGUGUACCCAUGAUUUUGAUAUGAUGAUUUUUUGCUUGACAAGGAUGAUAAGCGGAGAGCCCCCAAAGUUUGGUUUCGAGUGUAAAAAAAAUAAAAAUAUGGCAGAAAGUCACGAUCUAAUCAACAAACUCCCCCCAGAGUGCCUGAUGCACAUCUUCAGCUUCCUUGAAUCGUCACGGGAUCACUGUGCCAGUGCUGCAGUAUGUAGGAACUGGCUGAAGCUUCUGGUUGAGUUGAUUAUUCUCAAAGUUAGAUCAAUUACUUAUGACUAUUCGGGCACUAUACCAUUGUGUCGUCGGCUCGAAGGGAGGUCAGCUAAUGAUAUUACACUUACUAAUUUAGGUGUGGGGACCUAUCCUCUUCAUCACUUGACUUCUCUUUAUCUUGGCAAUGUUCCUUUUGUUGGGAUCACUGAUGAUGGCCUAAAGAUUAUUGCACAACUAAGCCCCAUGCUUGCGUCUCUUACUCUUCGGAACUGUCAUUCUGUGGGAAAUGUGGGAUUAAAGUCUGUUGCUGAAUUUUGCCAACAGCUUGAAAAGCUAGAGCUGAUAAAUUCGUUUAUUGAUGAUGAAGGGAUCAUGCCAAUAGCUGAGAAUUGCUUACAUUUGUCUGCACUGAGCCUAGAGCACUGUCCUCGGAUUAGCAAUGAAUCGCUGAUGGCAUUCGCAAACAAGUCUUUGCAUCUUAAGUCCAUCACCUUAAGAGACUGCGUACUUAUUGAAGAUUCUGGUAUCUUUUCUCUCAUAUCUAGUCAACCAGAGUUGACGAGGAUCAAACUUCUCUCUAUGAAUGUCGGUAAUGAAGUUCUCAAAGCAAUACAAGAGCAUGGACGGGCUUUGAAGGUGUUUUACUUAGAAAAAGUUCCAUAUGCGGGUGAGAAUCUUUAUCAAUGGAUUGAAGCAAUUGGAAAUCUUGAAGCAGUUAUUCCUCGUCCUUAUGCCAGUUUUACAAUAAGGAGCUUGGCCCGCUUAGAGAUUUUGGAAAUGGAGAGUUAUUUUUCGUUAAGUGAUGAUUUUCUGUUAGCAAUGAGCCAAAUGACGAAGUUUCUGCAAAAAUUCAAGCUAAAGAAGUGUCGGGGAUUCACCUCUGGAGGAAUUCUUGCAGCUGUCGCAAACUGGAGCCAUCAUUUGGAGGUAAUAUCAUUGAAUAACUGCAUUAUAGUCAGUAAACAAGAAGUGACACAAGAACAAGCCUUUCGGAACUUCCCAUCAUUUAGAUCCCUCAAAUUGAUAAAAUGUGAAGGAGUUGAUGACUGCUUCUUAUCUUCAUUGGGGCCUGUGUGCAAGCAAGCGAAGCAUAUUACCUUGGAUGAGAUAGAUUCUAUCACUGACCGAGGACUCCAAGAUCUUGUAAGACACAACACUGAUCACUUGCUUCAGUUUUUACAUCUGGAUGGCUGUAUAGGAAUCAGUGAUGUGGGUUUAUGUUCAGUGCUAAGGACUUCAGGCAGAAAUAUCCAGUUCUUGAGUGUGGAUGAUUGCACGAGUAUUACUGAUCAGAGUUUGAUGACGAUGGCAGAGAAUUGUGGGAAACUAAAAACUCUUUUUGCAUCCGGCUGCAGAGUCAGUGACAAUGGGGUGUUUUCUGUGAUAUUUAAUUGUGGAAAAACUAUAGAAACUUUGUCAUUUUCUCAGUGUACGAGGACCACUAGCAAAACUGUGAGUUAUAUUGAGACAAUGGGUACCAGACUUGUGCUUCAGCUGCCCUCAGAUUGACGGGAAGGCCUCCGACUUACUUUGGAUUCAAUAGCUAGAUCGAGAGAGUGCUCAUUUAUGAUCCGAUGAAAUCUAGUGCAUCCACUGGCAGUUCCGCUGGUUUUGGCGGUGAUAGCCCUUUCUCCAUUUAUGGUUUCUGGAGUUGUUACUGUUUGUGUCCUUUUGCUUAGGUUUUAUUGUGGUGCUUUUAUUCAGACAAUUGAUGGACAUGCCUUCGCUUCUGUUAUUUUGGUUAUGUGGUGUUGUUGUUGUUGUGUGUUGCAUUUGCUUGUUUAAACUCUUUGACUUAAAUAUGGUAAUGUGCUUUGGAUUAUAUCCUGUUGUCAAAGGUGAAGAAGCUGAUAUUUAUUUUAUCUGAGUCUUUCUAUUA